AUGAAUGUCAGGAUCCCGGCUUCAUUCUCCCUCGCGCCUGUUGCUGAUCAUGUACAGAUCCUCGAAUGGGCCUUUGGGAAACGCAUGACUCCUGCGGAGCGUCUGCGCAAGAACCAACGUAUGCUCGACAAGGCGAUUCGUGAACUCGACCAAACGCGUGUCAAGCUCGAAAAGCAAGAGAAGACACUUAUUCAGCAGAUCAAGACGAGCGCCAAGAAUGGGCAAAUGGGCGCUUGCAAGAUCCAAGCCAAGGACCUGGUGCGCACGAGGAGGUACAUCGAGAAGUUCUAUGGCAUGAGAAGCCAGCUGCAGAAGAUCUCCUUGCGUCUACAGACGUACCGCACGAACGAGCAGAUGAUGCAGGCAAUGAAGGGAGCCACCAUGGCUCUAGGCAGCAUGAACAAGCAAAUGAACCUUCCGCAACUGCAACGGAUAGCCAUGGAGUUCGAGCGCGAGAACGAUAUGAUGGACCAAAGGCAGGAGAUGAUGGACGAUGUCAUGGACGAUGCUAUGGAUGUCGGUGUUGAAGAAGAAGGAGAUGAGGUGGUCGAGCAGGUUCUCGAAGAGAUUGGCGUGGACUUCAACCAACAGCUCGGCGAAACGCCUACUGCCUUGGGAAAUGAAGCCCAGACCGAGGGCCGGAUUGCGCAAGCAGUUGGCGGCGGGGGAGGUGGCGGUUCCCAUGGGGGCGAUCCCGUGGAUGAUGACCUUCAAGCGCGUCUCGACAGCCUCAGAAAGGGGUAG